AUGUCAAGCCCAGGGUGGUCCUGGGAUAUUGCAGUCCAUGAGCGCCCUCUUCAUCUCGUCCCUGCAGGGCCCAACCUGGUGCCCUUUCCGAGCCCCAAGCUGCUGGACCUGCGACAGUUCAAGGGUAGCCACGCAGAAAAGUACCUCUGGGGAACCUACCGUCCAGGGUAUUACCUCGGCAUGAGGCCCCGCCACCCAACGAGCUUGGUUACCGGACUGAUGUGGGUCGACUUCACGAGGUCCGACUGGUUCACCUCCAUUCGCCACGAAGCCCUGCAGUCGGAUGAUCUGGGCUUCUAUGGCUGGCUUGAACACGAUGGGGAAAACUAUGGCAUCCAGCAGCUGGAGGACCGGCGCUUCAACAUGACCACCUCCUUGGUGAAGCGACAGUGCAAGUCCUGCGGCGCAGGCGGCGACUGGGCCCUGCGCGUGAAUGCCAAGCCCGCCCAGGGCAGCAUGGCCGACGGUGCCCCUCGGCCCGUGGUCUCCCUGUUCUUCUACGUGGCGGCAGAGGGCAUGGAAGCCAUCACCCUGGGUGCCAACGCGUGGAAGGGCGCCAUUGGGCCUGACGUGGAGGAGCCCCAGCCGGUGCUGACUGGGACCAGUGCCCCCUUUGGCAAGUGGGCGCUCCACGUGCGCGGCGAGGGCGCCGGCGGCUUCCCCACUGGGGUCCACUGGCUGGGCCUGCGCACGCCGUACACGGCCAACCUGACCUCGGCGGUGAAAGCCGGCCUGCGCCGCUCCCUGUUCGACCAGCGGCGGGCGGGGGCGGAGCAGUUUGUCCUGCGCCUGCCCGACGACGCCGAGCCGGGGUCAAACGUGUACGUGCUGCAGGUCCAGGCCUGGCUGCCGGCCAGCCUGGACCUGGUGUUCACCAGCGGCCGCGGCGCAGGCGAGCGCGCGCGCGUCGCGGCGCUGACCGGCGCCGCCUUCAACGCCCAGCUGGCGCGGCACAGCGCCGCCUUCAACGCGCGCCUGGCGCGGACCUUCCCCGUCGAGGAGGGUAGGGGCGGCGUGCCAACAGGCACACGCGUGGUGAGCAAGGCGGCGCUGAGCCAGCUGCUGGGCGGCAUGGGGUACUGGUUUGGCCACUCCAUCGUCUGGGUGGUGGGCAACUGGCCCCCGGUGCUGCCCAACUGGGACGCCGGGAUCUUCACAGCCAGCCCCUCGCGCAGCCAGUUUCCGCGCGGCUUCCUCUGGGACGAGGGCUUCCACCAGCUGCUCAUCCGGCGCUGGAACCCGGCGCUGAGUCGCGAUGUGCUGGCGCACUGGCUGGACCUCAUGGCCUCCACUGGCUGGAUCGCAAGGGAGCAGAUUCUGGGGGAUGAAGCUCGGCUCAGGGUUCCCAAGGAGUUUGUGCCCCAGCCAACCAAGACCGCCAACCCGCCCAGCCUCUUCCUGGUCCUGUCAGAGAUGGCCGCGGGGUUGGAGUCUGGAGGCCCCGAGGCCGAGGCCGACCGCGCUUUUCUGGAGGUGGCCUGGCCGCGCCUGCUGGCCUGGUACACCUGGCUCAACACCACCCAGGCCGGGCCCGUGCCCGGGUCCUUCCGCUGGCGCCAGCGGGACAACGCAACCACGACGGAGUUGAAUCCCAGGACGCUGGCUUCGGGGCUGGAUGACUACCCCCGCGCCUCCCACCCCUCACGGGACGAGCGGCACCUGGACCUGCGCUGCUGGAUGGCGCUGUCGGCGCGCACCAUGGUGCAGAUCGGCACGGCUCUGGGGCUGGGCCGCGGCGGCGCCCUCGCUUCCUUGCAGGCGGACGCGGCCAGGCUGUCUGACUUCGGGGAGCUGACCGCCCUGCACUACGACGCCGCGGCCGGCCGGUUUGCGGACUGGGGCCUGCACUCUGAAGAUGUGGCCCUGGCGCCCGAUCCGGCGAGUGGGGAGCUGGUGCGGCAGACGGCCUCCCCGCCCCGCCUGCAGUGGGUGCCCCACCACGGGUACGUCUCGCUCUUCCCCCUCAUCAUGCGCUUGAUCCCGCCACACUCCUCCCACUUGGGGCGGGAAUUGGACGCCCUCACCGACCCCGGAGGCCUGCUCUCCCCCGCGGGUAUCCGGUCGCUGAGUCAGCGCAGCAGCCUGUACUCCAAGCAUAACACGCAACACGAUCCGCCCUACUGGCGGGGCACUGUCUGGAUCAACAUCAACUACCUCGUGCUGGACGUAACUACCAAUGGCAAGUCCCAAGCCCUGGAACUGAGCGACUUGACCGCCAUUGGCCCCCUGGACGGGCGCUACGGCAGCAAGGUCCUCCCCCUGCGUGCCAUCUUCUCCGAGUAUGGCCUCAUCCGCUUCAGGGUGCUCGUGGAGUGCCAGUGGCUGAAGACCCUCAGCCGGCUGGAGGGUGUUCCCGAGGUCCCGCCGUUUAGCAGCGAGGCCGAGGCGCUGCUGGACGAGCUGUCCUCCAACUUCAGUGUGGAGGAUGCCGCGGAGGUCAAGGAGGUGGAGCGCACCACCAACCACGACGUCAAGGCGGUGGAGUAUGUCAUCAAGCGGAGGCUGGGGAGGAACGCGGAGCUUGCCAAGGUGCUGGAGUUCACCCACUUUGCGUGCACCAGCGAGGACAUCAACAAUCUGGCGCACGCCCUCAUGUUCAAGGAGGCGCUCGCCGGCGAGGUCCUGCCGGCCAUGGACACCGUGAUCGGAGCGAUUGCAGGGUUGGCCACCGAGCACGCUGGCGUGCCCAUGCUGGCGCGGACCCAUGGUCAAACGGCAUCGCCCACCACCAUGGGCAAGGAGAUGGCGGUGUUUGCCUACCGCCUGGCGCGCCAGCGGCACCAGGUGGCUGCCGUGCCCCUCUUUGGCAAGUUUGGCGGGGCAGUGGGCAACUACAAUGCCCACCUGUCCGCCUACCCGGACCUGGACUGGCAGGCGAUUGCAGAGGAGUUUGUGACCGGCCUGGGCCUCGAGUGGAACCCCUAUGUCACCCAGAUCGAGCCCCACGACUACAUUGCGGGUUAG